CAGCCCCCUCGCAAGAAGCCUUCCCUCCCCCGGGCCCGAGUAUCACGUCGCCCCGAGAGUGGCGAUCCCCGCUGCGGCAGAGGAGGGGCCCUCCUGCGAGGCUGCCUCCUCUGCGCCCCAAGGUCCGCAGGCAAGGCUGUUAGAGGGCGAGCGGCCCUGACAGCCUCGGACAGCAGCUUCUUGCCGGCAGCCGUCUGGCUCCAGGUCAGAGCGGAGCGCUCGCUCUGGGACUGCACCGACGCAUUCUCUCCAUGCAUCAAUGAAGACAGGUACCCGGGCAGGGAUGGCCAGCAGACGCCCGACGGCCUGCUGGCCCUUGCUGCUCGUCCUCGCGCCUGCGGCGGAGGCCAGCAGGCUGACCCUGGCGAACGCCACGCGGGGCCGCCUGGGGGCCGCCGCCACCGGCGCGAACGCCAGCGUCCGGCCGCCGCCGGCGGCGCGAACGCCAGUGUCCGCCUCAACGUGACGCAGGCCGCGCGCGUGCGCGAGCGGAGGGACGCCGAGGCGGCGAGGCAGGCCGUGGCCUUCGACAGCCUGCGCGGCGCCUGCGCCGAGUGCCACCUGGAGGAGGGUGUGCACGGCCGCUGCUGCUACGCCUACCCCUCGGCGGGGAGCCGCUGGCACUACUCGGCCUGGGGCUGCUACGAGGGCAUGGUCGCCUGCUCCGUCAACUACGCCACCUGCUGCCACUGUGCCCUCGGCUGUGGGCACGACUCCUGCGGCUACCCGGAUCCCUGCGUCGAGCCGUGAGCGGUUCGCCGCGCGGAGUGGCGGCAGCCUCCGUGGUCCCCGGCACGGCGGCCCGCGCGGCAUGUUGGAGGAGGAGGAGGAGGAGGAGGAUUGUCUGGUUGUUCGACCCUCGGCAGCUUGAGGCAGCAAGCCUACGGGGUUUCAACAUGCCGCGUUCACACAGAUUCCACUUACGUCUUUCUAGCUUUCUCAUAGAUUAUCUUCUGCAUGCCUGUACCCUGCGAGAUUGUCUCCGAUGCCUCGACGGCCCUUUCGGCUGAGAAAGCCGCAGCCGUGCUACCGCUGACCUGGCAGCAGGCGGUCCUCGGAUUGGCGCCCGCGCGGCUACCUCUGCCAGGAAGGGCAGCAGCUGCGGAGUCGGCAGCUCCUCCGAGUGGAUACAGAGUUGUUGGCUUGCAUGCGAGUGCGAAUCGCCCCUGCAUGCCUGCAAACGAGCUUUGCAAACAAAAAACGCACGGACUUUCUGGGGCCCUGAGUGGGGCACUUCGAACUCGCAUUUCGAGCCUCUGCCCCAAGAUGAGCCCUGAGACUGCCAG